GGCAAACUUUCGAAAUAUGUUGAAUGGUGAAUUAAAGCUUGUAAACGAUAAUGAUAGAAUGGAGAAUUACUAACAGAUUCCCUAGAAUGAAAAAUGGCAACCGGUGCGGGAAAGGGUUCGGGAAGAUCACCCAUAUUGAUGCCACAGUUACUGUUUCUAAUUUGUGCUGUCUUACGCGGGUUCUAUUAUAAACAUAGGGUUAUUAAGCAAUCCAGCCCUUCUGUUUGGCGACUACUACAAGAAUUAUGGUAUUGACAAGAAUAGAGUGGUACCCUUAACCGGGCAAUACA